AUGUCAACAGCAAUAUCGUUAUAUGCAUUAGUUGUUAAUACAUUUACAAGCUUGUUAUUAUAUAUAGUAGUAUUAUUCUCUAUAUUAUCGUCAAUAGGUUUAUCAUUUUUUGGUAUAGUACAGAUUGAUUAUAUAUUUAAUCAUUUUUAUGAUAGCUUUAUAUCUUCUCUAUUUUGCUCUCUCAUUCCAUUAUUUGUAUUAGAAUUAUUCUCUUCUAUCAUUUAUAUAUGCAUUAAAAAAAGGAAAAAAGGAUAUAUAGAAAGACGAUUAAGAGCGCUAAAAGUACUAAUUAAUGAAAAUCAAAAUAAAGAAUCCAAAGAAAACCUUUUAUUUUUACAAAUAGAUUUGGAGAACAACCAAUUAACCACAUAUGACAAAAAUUAUAAAUAUUAUUUAACUAAUUAUAAAGAUAAAAAAUAUAUAUGUAUAGAAAAGAAAACAGAUUAUUCCACUGAUGAAGAUGAUAAUAAUCAAUAUUCUUUAAGUCUUGAAGAUGAUUAUUAUCAAAAAAAUAAAAAUGUAACAAAGAUUAGUUCCAUAUCAUAUAAUGAUAUAAGUGAAGAUUUGAGUUUUGUUCAUUCUGGAAUUAAAAAAUACGAAAAAAAACAUGGAUCCAAUAAUAAGAAAAAUAAAACUGAAAAAAUAAAUAAAGAAGCUAAAGUAAAUAAAAAAGACGCAUCAAAUGAAAAUGAUCAAAUUGAGGAAAGAGAUAAAUAUAAUUUGACUUAUAAAUUUCCAUUAGAACAAAAUACACAAGAAAGUUCUAUCAGUUUUCAAAAUAUACCACAUGAACAGGAUAUAUGUGAAAAUAAAAUCAUAUUGAAUAAUGUAUGUGAACAAAAAGACAUUUCCAAUGUAGAUAUAUCAAACAACCAAAACCUUGAUACUUCAAAAAAUGUUAGUUCAUUGUCAUAUAUUAAAAAUGAAGAAAAUCUUCGAAAAGGUUCAAAUACCAAUAAAUAUAAUUUAAAUUCUAAAGAAAUUACUAUUGUUGAUACUUAUAAAAAAUCGGUAACAAAAACAUUGAUGCCUUCUGAGCAUGAAAAUGUAUCUAACAAAAAUGAGGAUAAAAAAAAUGAUAUAGAAAAAGAUUCAAAUAAAAAAGACUCUAAAGCAGUAAAAAAUAAAGAAGAAGAAAAUGUAAUAAUCGAUAAAUUUAUUAAAAAAAAUGAUGAAUCACAGGAAAUAACUGAGGGUUCAUAUAUCGAACCAGCAAAAGAUAUUCAAAAAUCAUCUGAAGAAAAAAAAAAUACAAAAAACAAUCAUAAAGAAAUGAAUCAAAAUAAGCAAAUUGAAGCAAAAAAAAGUAAUAAAAGAAAAGUUUCAUCGAACAAAAAUUUAACGCACAAAGAGAGACAUAGAAGUUUGUCAAGCAACUUUGUACAAAAUGAAGGGGGAAAUAAAAUCGAAAAAAUUGAGAAAACAAUGAAACAUGACAAAGAUAAAGGAUCAAAAUUGGAAUUAGCUACUUCUGUUUUGGUAAAGAAACAAGAAGAUAUAAUGAUUAAUAUUGAUGAAAAUGAUAAUAAACAAAAGGAAACAUAUGAUCAGAAUAAAAUUAUAAAUAUAACCCCUGAUUAUUUUACAUCUACAAAAAAAUCAAAGAAAGAUACUAAGGAUAGUAUAUCUUUAGAGCAAAAACAAAAAAAUGAAUCAUUAGCAAAUGAUACCUUAAAGGAUGUAAAAAUGGGGCAAUCGCAAACAAUUUUAAAAGUUAAUAAAACACCAGUAAAUGUUACUGCUCUACCAGUUAUUACUACUACUAUUAAUAAUACACACCAAAUUAUAAAUCAUAAUAAAAAUGUUAUAAAUGAUUGUGCCUCAAUAAAGGAAAGCUCGAAUACAGCUGAUCGAAAAAAACCUAUAGUUAAUAAAACCAAGUUAGUUACAAAUAUGAAUACAUUAAAAAAAAAUAUUAGUGAUAUAAAUUUUACAGAGGAAAAGAAGGAAAAAAUAAAUAAUGAUGACGAAAAAAAUAUAUUAAAUGUAAAAAAUUUAUCUGAAAAAAUAAAGAAUCAUGAUAAAAAAAGAAAUACUAGUAUUGAUAUGAAAAAGACAACAGAAAUAAAUAAAGAACAAAAAGAAGAAUGUAAAAUAAAAGAAAAAAAUACCAAAGAAUGUGAAAAUGUUUUAAAGGAAAAAAAUAAGACAUUGAUAAAAAAUAAAAAAAUAGAAGAAUUUACCACUUUGAAUAAAAAUGAAACUAAAUUAAUUAAUGAAAAUGAUGCGAAAAUCUUGCCGCAACCCAAAAUCGUAGAUUCUACUGAAGAUUCAACAAUAAACAAUUCAUGUGAAACUAAUAAAAAUUUAUCUUUUGGUGAUUCUUUACCAUGUCCAGAUAAUUCGAGUAAUACAAUUAAUUCAUCGAGUCCGAAGAGCAUCCAAAAGGAGAGCGAAAAAGUAGAAGUGGACAAAAUUGAAGAGGUGGAAAAAAUUGAAGAAGUGAAGGAAAUGGAAAAAGUGAAAAAAGAUGAAGAAAUAGAAAAAAUUAAAGAGGUGAAAAAACCCGAAGAAAUAGAAAAAAAUGAAGAAGUGAAAGAAAUUGAAGAAGUUGAAAAAGAAAAAGAGAUGAAGGAAAUGGGAAAAGUGGAAGAGGUGAAAAAAGCCGAAGAACUAGAAAAAAAUGAAGAAAUUGAAAAAGAAAAAGAAGCAGAACAAGUAAGUGAUGAAAAAAUCGCUGAGCCUGAAAUAAAACAGGAGACAGAGAACGAAACAAAAGAAAUUAAGGAAGAAAACCAUAAUGAUGAAAUGGAUCAAAAAAAGAAAAACGAAGAAAUAAUUGAAGAUAAAAAGGUGUUAGAAACAGAGGAUAAAAAUAUAAGUAAAGAAAUAAAAGAAGAAAUAAAGAUCACUAAAUUGGAAAUGAAAAACGAUGAAUACCCAUCAAAUAAAAGUAAAGCCCCAUUUAGCAAAAGCAAUAAUAUUCUUCAAGACAACCUUUUAAAAAGUUCCAUAUUAAAUGAGCCUGUUGUAAAUGAUAAGAACAAUAAGAAACAUUUGCUCAUACAAGAUGAAGAGGAUAAAAAGAGUGACAAAAGUAAUAAUAAUCCCUCCUUAAAAAAACAUGUAUCAAAUAAUUAUAAAAAAAAAGUAGAAAAUGAAACAUUCUUAAUCAAUUUAAAAAAUGUAGAAAAUAGUAAUAGUGUUAUAAAUUCAAAUUUGAAUAGCGAACAUGUUGAAGAUUUUAAUUUUGAAAAUGAUGUAAAUAAGGUUUCUCAAAAUACACAUAAUUUUUUAUUAUACAGCAAUGGAAGUAAUAAAAAUGAAGCCAUAUUUUCUAGUAACUUAGGCAGCCACCCAGUAAGUAAUUAUUUGGAUAAUAAUACAGAAAAUUAUAUUAAGCCUUAUAAUGAUGCAUUUGGUAACUCAAAUGGAUUUAACAGUAAUUCUCUUAAUAUUAAAACAUGUAAUACAUUAUUAGGCGCAUCACAAUCCAAUAAUUGUACUGAUUCUUCGUAUUUCGUAGCUAGUAAAAAUCGCAGUAACAGCAAUAAUAAUGCAAGUGUUAAGAUCAGUAGUAACAGUAAAACUCGAAUUAAUAAAUGGCUUGAUCUUAACAAUGAAAAUAAAAGCAAUGAGGUUCCCAAUGUUAAUUCUGUAAAUCCAAAUGAACCUUCAAAUUCGAAUUCAUUAUUUAAACAAAGAAAAUCCUUUUUUGAAAAUCUUAAAAAAGAUAGAUCAUUAAACAAUAAUAAAAACAAACCAGAAAAUAAUAACGAAUUAAAUGUUUUUAAUAAAAAAAACAAUAAAAAUUUACUAGAAAUAAAUAAUUCUAAUCUUUUAUUUAAUGUAUCUAAAAUCAGUUCAAAUGAUUCUUCAAUUAAAAAAAUAAGUUCUAAUGCCAUUACGAAGGACAAUAAAUUACCAUCACAUAACACAGAAGACAAGCCCUUAACAAUUUUAAAAACAAAUAUAUAUGAUAAUUAUUACAUCAAAAAUGAUAAACUUAAAAAUAAUGGCAAAGAAACUAAGGAUAUAAAUAGCAAAAUUAAACAUGAUGACAACGAACACAUCGAGAAAGACAAUAAAGUUGAUUUAAAAAAAACAGAUAAAAUUCCUUCCUCUGAUGUCUCUAAAAAUUUAACACCCUUCUUUACCAAAUUUGAUACUCCCGACACCACAAAAAUCCAACAAAACAAAAAAGAUUCAACACUAAAUUUGACUAAUAAGCCUGAUGAUAUAGAUGCAAAUAAAAUGGGAUCAAAUAGUUGUAUUAUUGGAUCAGGUUUGACUCCAAAAAAAAAUAAUGAAAAUAAAAUAGAAUCGGCACCAAAAAUUGAUGAGCCUACUUUCAAUACAUUUUCCAAAACUGAUGAAAUAAAGGAUGCACAAGUAUCUAGUAAUAAUGAUAUAGAAAAUGAUAAAACUCACAAUCAGGAAUUUAAUAACAAUCAUAAUAUUAAUAUAAAAAUAACCGAUGUUACAGAGUUACCGAAAAAAAAUAUAAACUUAGAUAUUAUAAAUCCUAAUCCAAAUGAAAAAAAUACAAAUGUAACAACCGAUAAAAAGGAGGAUGAUAAAGUAUCAUUUCCAUUUUUCUUAGGAAAUUUGAAUCAAAAAAAGAAACCAACCAUUAACGAUUCAACUGGAUCUAGUAAAAAUGAAGACACAAAUAAGGUUGAAACUGUUGAAAAAAAUAAUAAUAAUAAAGAUUCGACAAGUUUAAUUAAAUUGAAUGACAAAACAAAACACCAAGAUCCAAAAAGUAACGAAAUAAAAGAAAAAAAUGGAGAGACAAAAAAAUCUAUGAAUAAAGGUUUUGAAAAAACUGAGGGGGAAACUAUUUUUCCAGAAAAAGAGUCAGAAUUAGAUUCGUAUGAUAAUGAAAUAAAUAACACUAUAUCUAAUAUUGACCAAAUUUUAGAGCCUAUAUCUAAUAUUGACCAAAUUUUAGAGCCUAUAUCUAAUAUUGACCAAAUUUUAGAGCCUAUAUCUAAUAUUGACCAAAUUUUAGAACCUAUAUCUAAUUCUUCUUUUUUUAGUUUAAUGAUAAAUGAUUCGAAUAAAAUAAAUCAAGCUUCGAAAAUAGAGGAUAUUAAAGAUGAUGAAAAAACAAAUUCAAAUGUUGAAGUUUAUACAGGAUUAAUUGGCAAAAUUUUAUCUAGUAAUAAAAUUGAAGAAACUAGUAAUGAUGUGUUAAAUGUAUCUUCAACCAAUUCGAACAAUAAGGAUGAAUCUGGUAUUUUAGUAAAGAAUGAAAUAAAAGAAAAAACUGACAAUAUAAAUGAAAAGAUAAGCAAAGUGGAUGAAAAUUUGAAUGAAGAAAAAGAGUCUAACCUAAAUAACGAAAUUGAUAAUUCAAAAGAUUCAUUGAAAAAUGUAGAACUCAAAGAAGAUAAGGAAAAAAGUGAAAUUGUCGUUGAUAAUAUUGAAUCUGAAAACAAAAACAACGAAAAACCUAUAGAGGAUAAUUUAGAAAAUAAAGAAAACCCACAAGACAUGAGCUUCGAAAAAACAGAAACCUUAAUCAGUGAAGAGAAAAUCUCAAAUGUAUCAAACACAAAAAAUUCUAAAAACAAUAAAAAUAAAAAAAAAAAAAAAAAAAAUAAAAACACAUAA